UCAUGCUUGGUUUAAUUGUUUAUAAUUUGGCUGAAAGUCUUCUUUGGAUCUGACCUACCUCCACCCCAGUUGAUCUUCUCAUGUCCCUUCUAUGUGUCUCUCUGUUUGGGAGAUUUAGAACAAGGAUUGAUCUCUAAGCAAAGGAAUCUGGCUUUUGUGCUGGUUGGGAUUUGCAGUUAGGAGGAGACAGGACAGGGACUGGCUUGAACAUGCUGUAUAAACAUUGCCACAUCUGUGAACUGCAAUAUUUGAAAGACUGACUUAUCUUGUUGUGAGGUGAGGGAAAGAAGUAUCUUCUCAAGAAACUUUGGCACCAAAGAGAGAGGGGGAAGCCCUCCCCAUACAUCUCCAUUGCAUUUGACUCUUCUUGGGUUAUUGUAACACCAGAAAUUUCUUUUCCUGUGUGGCUGAAAGCAAGCAAGCAAGCCAGCAAGCCUGAGCAUUGCCACAUCUGGCAAGGAUUUAAGGGCUUAAUUCCAGCCAUCACUGCAAUCCACAAUGGCAAAUGAACCGGUGAUUCUGAAUGUUUAUGACAUGUACUGGAUAAAUGAAUACACUUCCACACUGGGUAUUGGAGUCUUCCAUUCUGGCAUUGAAAUCUAUGGCAGAGAAUUUGCUUAUGGAGGGCAUCCCUACCCUUUCAGUGGGAUUUUUGAGAUCACACCAGGCAGUGCUGUAGAGCUUGGCGAGACCUUUAAGUUCAAAGAAUCUAUUGCCCUGGGCACAACAGACUUCACAGAGGAAGAUGUGGAUAAAAUUAUGGAGGAGCUGGGCAAGGAAUACAAGGGCAAUGCCUACCACCUUAUGCACAAGAACUGUAAUCACUUCUCAGCUGCCUUGGCAGAGAUUCUGUGUGGGAAGGAAAUCCCACGUUGGGUGAACCGCCUGGCCUACUUCAGCUCCUGCAUUCCCUUCCUCCAAAGCUGCCUUCCCAAGGAAUGGCUGACUCCAGCAGCACUGCAGAGCCACAUUAGCCUUGGGCUUCACAAGGAAGAGCAGGGAGACACAACUGAUGAGGAAUCCCCGUCCACUUCUGCAGCUGCCUCAGGCCCUUCGCGAACCUGCAGACAUACAAGGGUCUGAACUGUGCCCAUUUAACAUGCUCUCGGCUCUCUCCCCUUCCCUCCCAGUUUGUACUCAUUUCUUUAUCUUUCGCCUACGAACACUGGGGAGUAUCAUUUCAAGAGGGAGAUGAAUCUCUUGCCUCUUUUUCCAAGUACUGCUACUAUUUAACAAAGUGACUUAUCACUCUAGAACUACCUUUAACAGUGUAGAGUUUUAAACUUCUGGGAACAGAAUGUACUCCUUGAACAACAGAAAACUGCUGAAAUCUCUGGGAUGCGACAAAGUGGACCUGGAGGGAAGCCAUAUUGAGAUGUUCCUUGGGUGGAACUCUUUUAAUCCUCUGCCUCCUCCUGUCCCCCACUCCAAAAACCUUCUCUCCAGUUUCUUCAUGACAGUAUCUCACCCAUGGUACACCACCUCCAAGUACCAAAAUAACAAACUAGAAUUAGUGCUUCAUUUUCUCAUCCUGAAGACCAGAA